CAUUGUGGCAAACCUUCUUGCCCUCAUAACCAAUCUUUGCCGCUUGAUGGCGACAGGGCGGGGAUUGGGCCAACGUCAUAGACGCAGUGACCAUAGACUCCGUUGCUAGCGCGUCCCGAGGAGGAACGACUCCUUCCUUCCUUCUUUCUAAGAUGGCGCAGCAGGUGAACAUUUCGGAGCUGUCCCUGCCGCAGCUGGAAGUGCUGAAGAACCAGCUGGACCAGGAAGUGGAAUUCCUUUCUUCAUCCAUUGCACAACUUAAAGUGGUACAGACAAAAUAUGUGGAAGCAAAGGACUGCUUGACUGUUUUGAAUAAAAGCAACGAAGGUAAAGAGCUCCUGGUUCCACUCUCCAGCUCUAUGUAUGUUCCCGGGAAACUUUCAGAUGUUGGCAAUGUCUUAAUCGAUGUAGGAACGGGUUACUAUGUAGAAAAGUCAGUGGAUGAUGCCAGAGACUUCUUCAAGAGGAAGAUCGAUUUCCUAACCAAACAGAUCGAAAAGAUCCAGCCAGCACUACAGGAGAAACAUGGAAUGAAGCAAGCCGUAAUGGAGAUGAUGAGCCAGAAGAUUCAGCAGCUAACAGCAGCAGGGGCUUCACAAGCAGCAGCAACAAAGGCCUAGCAAACACAGGUCAUUCAUGUAUCUAUUUCGUCUCUUUGUGAUACAGUCCAACAUUGCACCCCAAGGUGCAGCAAUCCAGCCAACUGGGUUUUUUUUUGGGGGGGGGGGGGAAGGUCUCUAUUUCCUUGAAUGUGUGUGGAAUUCUGGUUUGGCCCUCAUCUGGAAAUGAUGACAUUUGCAGAUCCAUUUGUUUGCAACCUUUCAGUGGCUCUGUGGCUAGAAAGGCAUUGUGUUUCUGGUGAUCUAAUUCCCAACUCCAGUGAAAACUUUGUUACUUGUAAAUGGAAUUGUAUAAAAAUAAACAGACAGGUUUACAGAGCAUGUAA